GGAAGUACGUACCCAUGAUGCAUCACUGACUGUCAACAUGGCGGACGUGAUUGAAAGUGAAUCUGCGGAAGCGUUGCUGUCCAUAAAAAAUGGUGGUUAUCCAUCCAUCGACGAGAUCAAGACAGAGAUAAUCGACGACGAUACAAUGGAUAUGGAUGAGCUGCACAAUUCGAAUCUCUCGAUGGAUCAACAAAUGGACACAGAGGAGUCGGAGCCGAUACCGGAACUGGGACCCGCGGCUUUGGGUUUGCAGAGGGUGGGCACUCAGCCACCCUCCAAACCGAAUCCCCCUACCCAGCCGGUGCAGGUGUUGAAUCGCAGAGGGAUGCCAGCGAGAAUCAGGAAAAAGAACAAACUGUUCUACGAUGACAUUUUGAUCAAUCAUCCACACCACAGAAUCAAGAAGGAUCCUUCGACCAUAGAGGCGAAACAAUCUCCCAAAAAGUUGAUGCGACCGUCGCCAGUGAAGAGGCAGACUAAGAUGUCGAGUACGCCAAAAAGUACAAGCUCGUCUUCGCAACCAGCAACUCCUGUAACGACUCCGAUCAAGCAGGAGAAGGAGCCCGACAAGGUGUCGCAGCUCACGUCGCCGGAUCGUAAAAUAGGACAGAAAAUCGGCAUGAGACUGAGAAACUUGUUGAAACUACCAAAGGCGCAUAAAUGGGUCUGUUACGAGUGGUUCUACAGCAAUAUCGAUAAGGUAUUGUUCGAGGGCGACAACGACUUCAUGAUUUGCUUGAAAGAAUCGUUUCCACAAUUGAAGACUCGCAAGCUCACGCGCGUGGAGUGGUGCAAGAUCAGGAGGAUGAUGGGCAAGCCGCGACGGUGCUCGCAGUCGUUCUUCGAGGAGGAGAGACGCGAGCUGGAGAGGAAGAGACAGAAAAUACGGAUGCUGCAGCAGAGGAAGACGACGGAUAUAAGCAGUUUCAAGGAUCUGCCGUCUGAGAUACCGUUGCAGUUGGUAAUCGGCACGAAAGUGACGGCGAGAUUGAGGAAACCGCAGGAUGGUUUGUUCACCGGAAGCAUCGACGCCGUCGAUACCAGUAAUAACACCUACAGAAUUACAUUCGAGAGAGCUGGACUUGGCACGCACAGCGUCCCGGAUUACGAAGUUUUAUCGAACGAACCACCGGAAACAAUCAGCUUGGCAUCGUUCUCUCAGAAGUUCAGACCACGGCCUUUGCAAUACGUACCCUCAUCGCCGUACAUGAUGAAGCUGUCCCCGCGAUUGACCAAUGACCCUUUAAUAUCGAACGUCUCUGCGUCCAUUCCGAAGAAGACGAAUACCGGCGGUACAGUGAACGGUUUUCCGCUCAAGUUACUCGAAUUUAUGGUCAAGGUGAACAAGAUAUUAAUAACUAAGAAGAACAAACUCAAGAAGUUGAAGGAGAUGAACGGGGAAGCUGAGAAGAGACGUUCCUUGGGUGAAUCGCUUCCAUCCGAUUUCGAAAAAAAAUAUGCAGGAAUUAUUGUCGAAUUGGAGAGAAUGAAUGGAGCUCUCCAAGACUUUUUGAACGACAUACAAGAAUUGUGCCAGGAAAUGGCGCCUGAACCCAGCGUGGCGGCGAUGUUGGCACCGUCGCAUCUCCGAGAGAAGUGCAAGCAAGAAGCGGCGGAUAUGGUUGCCAAAAAUAAUGUAAUAAACGAUAAAGCACCAGGAAAAAUGAAUCAGUUGGUUACGGAUCUGACUGCGUUGAUGUUACAAGUGAAAAGCUUAUCGGAUUCCGAUCGAAACGCAUACGAGCUCAAAGUACUGCAAGGUACCAUGGAGCAGAUAAGAUCGAAACUCAGCCCGCAGAAUCAGCAAGUGUUUCAAAACUGCGUUGAAAUUCACAUGCAACACAUUCAAGUAGGCUUAGGACAGAUGGGUCCUCUAACGCCGUUUAUGGCGCAAAGAGUUUGAAGACGAAAAACUAUAUCGUGUAUUCUCACGAAGUGUACAGUAUAACAGACGAUCACGCAUCACACGAUAUUUUUUAGAGAGCAAAAAACUAACCCUGUAUUUUCUCAUCUUGUAUAGGCCACAUUAAUAAUAUAUAUUACCACGUCUACACAAUAUACAUAUAUGAUUUAAACAAUUAUAUUAGUUUUGUAUAUACAGAAUAUAUUUGUUCUUUAAUUUCAUCAAUAUGCCACAUUCAUAGAGACACUUAGAGGAAAAUUCAUGUAUUGUUGGAUAAUAUUACUGAACAUAUUAAAUAUCUAACGAUGUUCAUUUUUCAGAUUUUUAUGUGUGUAUCAUUCAAUUAGGCAUAAAUAUAAAUGACAAUGUUUAUCAAGUCAGUGGCGAUAUUAGUAUAUGCGCGUGAAUAGUGAAACUAAAUUCCUUGAAAUCUGACAAAUUUCUAAGCUUGUAUAUAUACAGUCGACUUAUAUAGAUAAUUCUAUAAUUUGUUAUAAGAGAGAAAAAGAGAAAGAGAGGCUUUUCUCAGUGCAAACGUAAUUUAAAAGCUUCAACUAAUUAUAAGAGAUUUAUUGUCACGAAUAAAAUAUCUUUCGAUCUACUUGCAUUUGAAAAUCAUUUAUGCGGAUAUUUUUUUCACGAAUUUGAAUCACGAAUUAUCUUUAAUAUAUUCUUUGUGUAUUUAUGUAAUUUUCUAUUAUUCAAAUCACAUAAGCAAUCCAAAGAAAAUAUGUGCUUUUGAUUAAAUGAAAAAAUUUUCAAGAUAGAAUAAUUUCGUGUAAUUAAGUACGUAUAACAAAUGUAUAAUAAUAAAUAGAGUAAAAGAUUGAUGAUUUAUAACUC